UUUAUGUCAAGUCAAGUCAAGUCAAGUCAACCAAACGUGGGAUGAACACGAAUUUUGUAUUGCACUGCUUUACCUCAAAUAAUUACGUAUAAUUCAGGUAUUUUGCGGUUACCUUGAGUACUUCAAUCGUUUUUCGUGCCAGCUUUUCAAAAUUUGUACUCAUAAAUAAUUUUCAAUUCUUAUCAUGGCAGACGAACAGUUACCCUCCGGUUGGGAGAAGCGAUUAAGCCGAUCUACUGGUCAAACAUAUUAUCUGAAUCUGCACACCAAAGAAAGUCAGUGGGAUAGACCUGACAAACCAGCUGAACCGAAGUCAGGUGCAGUAUCUGGAGGUGGUCCAGGGCCAGAUAAAGUGCAGUGCAGCCAUUUACUAGUCAAGCAUGAGCACUCCCGGAGACCUUCGUCAUGGCGAGAAGAAAAUAUCACUCGCUCUAAAGAAGAGGCCCUAGAAUCAAUAAAAUCAUAUAGAGAGAAAAUCGUAAGUGGGCAAGCAUCCUUUGCAGAAUUAGCGCAGAAAUACUCAGACUGUAGCUCAGCCAAGCGAGGUGGUGAUCUUGGGCCAUUUGGCCAUGGAGCAAUGCAAAGACCAUUUGAAGAAGCUGCUUUUGCUCUUAAGGUUGGUGAACUGAGCGAGCCUGUUUUUACUGAUUCUGGUGUUCAUAUCAUACUGCGCACUGCCUAGUGGAAAGAACUCAUCUCUACCUGAUAAUCUCAGCAAAACAUUUUCCCCACUGCAUUUUAUUCGGCCAAAAUAAACAAAUGAUUGAAGGGUGAUCCUCAAGCUUCUAUCCUCAUCCAACAAAGAAUCAUUUUUUAAUUUUAAUAAUGUCAGGUAAGCAAUACUGAUCCAAAAAAUCAUGUGUCGCACGAAAAAAAUUGUCACCUUGUUUUAAGUCAAUUUUGAUACAGCCUCUCUGCCUUUCAAGGCAUAGCUGCGUCAUAAACAGUGCUAUUUUCAAGUUUGGAGAGAACAUUCUCUCUUUUGAAAGAAAAUCAUUCAAUUGCACUUCUACCAUUUUAGCUAUUAGUAAAUAUUUUCCAAUUCUUAAGCUUUUUUAUCCUUUUUGGGUUUCUAGGUUUUCUUGUAAUUUUUAAUCAGCAUUUAUUGAGUUGGUAAUGAAAUCCCUCUCAAGCUUCCCACAGUUAUUUUUUUCUACUUUUUUCUGGGAAAAAAAAUGAAAGUUCUGAUAACAAUCGAAGAUUCGUGGGGGUUUUCAGCUUUGGCGUGGAAAAUUGACCCAGAGAAAUCAACAUGUUUUGUUACUUCUAUCUAUAUGAUUGCAAUGUAAUUCAAUGCUAGAAAGUAUUAUAAAAAAUGUUUCAGGAAGCAGUUUGAAAAUUAUCUUAGAAGAUGUUGAAAUUUGUUCGGAAAGAUCAUACAUGAACCGGGAGUAUCAGUUGUGAGGACUUUCAAAUUUCUGUGUUUCUGGUACAUGCCCCCUUUCAUUCUUCCUUGACAUAUGACUCAAAGAACAAAGCAAUGUUAGAAAUUUUAAGUAACCUUCAUCUGCUCUUCUUCCCAUAAGGACCAAGGCAAUUUUGUUAGAAACUUAGGUAACCUCCAUCUGCUUUCCGUUUUAAGGCCACAACCUCUGUCCCUUAGAAUGAGAUUUCACUAAGCAUACAUCCCUUCGUAUUCAAUGACCCUCAGUAAUUUUGUACUUUAACUCAUUCCAGCCAUCGUCCCUGAUUCUCGUGGAACCAGUCACUCUUUAAAUCUUGUUUAGACCUUUUGUAUAGAGCUCAGAGUGAAUCUUCAGCAGAAGUAAGCAAAUAUCAAGAUAUAAAACACAUUUUAAUCAAAUACUGGUUUCGUAAAACGGAUUGAUCAUGCCCAGAGACAUAUAUUUCAUCUAUUUCUUUCUCAAGAAUCCAUAUGGGAAACCCUAAAAGAAAGCUGAAAAUGUGUGCUUACAAAUGUUAACAUUUUGAUGUAACCAAUCAAAUGUUAUAUUUUGCAUUUGCAUCCAUUCAGCUUUAUUUUGGGUUUUACAAAAUAGAUUGUCCAGGUAAAUCGGCUGAAAUGUGCAACUAGUGUAGUCAAUCUGUUUUUUGCCCAAAAUUCGAAGCGAAAUCCAUAUUUCAGCAAUACUUGUUUGAUGUUUUGUCUACUUCCACUGUAGAUUCACCUUAAACCAUUUUGAUUCUAAUAUCUCUUAAUGAGAGCAAAUCCUAUCUUUAUAUUCAAAAUUGUUUUGUUUUGUUGUGUCCCUCUCAUUCAGUAUCUCAUUUGUUAUUAUUCAAAGUUUAUGGCAUAAUCAAGCCCAGACUAAGUCGAUUCAAACAUUCAGCUUUACUACAGCAUGAUAUACCUACUUAUGCAUGAGAAUUAAACAAAUCAUCUUUCAAGAGCUUUCAUGUCUUAAUACAAUGUGUUAUUUUAGUAUCAUCAGUUAGCAUAGAGGCUUUGCUCCAAUGUCCUUGUCUUAGAAUCAAUAUUUGUUUUCAUAAGUUCAAUAAACAUUCAAUUGUUAAGAUUUCAACCGUA